AGCGCUCUCCCAGCUCGCAUCGUCCAUGACACAUCCAAGCCCCUAUAGCUGGGACUGUCUUCACAUUUUCCUUCCGAACGAUACAUGCAAUUGAAGACUGAAGGAUUGAGCACUAUCCGUAGAUCCCGUCCGCCUUCCACGUGGAGCUUGACUCUUCCAGGUCCACCGUCGGUGGGAAAUUAGUCUAGCGUUCAAGUUGACAGGGGCCCCCUUGACAUUGGAUCGCUCGCCCGCUCGCCCGCUGAUCUCUCUCGUCUGCUCCUCCGUGCCUUGAGCGUGCUUCUUCUUCUGACCGUCGACACCGAUCAAUCGCCCCGGAUUCAACCAAGCAAGCCCCGACGAAAAGCAAGGACUUGCGCGCUGCGGCGCGUUUCGCUCUCUCGACUCAACUCCCAAGACAGGCGACUGGGAGGCAGCCAGGCUCCAGUCCAGUCCAGUCCAGUCCAUGGACAGAACGGCUGGCGGAGGCGCACACGCCGGCCAUGUCUCGGGACGCAGUCUCACCAACAACAUGAACACCGCCGCCGGCGGCACGGGACAUGGAAGCAGCCAUCACGCGCGCGGCACCAGUGGCGGCGGCGUCGUCCAGCAGCCGCACCAGCGACAUCGAAGCCUAUCCAACCGACCGGACCUCAAGCCCGCGCCGAGCGGCUCCAGCAUGCGAGAGCAGGCCGCCGCCACCGCGAAGCACCAGUCAUCAUCAGCACCUCCUCCGCCCGCCGUCGUCGCGACGAAUGGUGCCUCCGUCGCCAAGCCCCAGCCGGCCGUGUUCUGGAACGACAAGCAAUCGCUCGAGCAGUCGCGCACGCAGGAGCAGACAUUCUACAACGACGUCACGCCGCCCCCCUCGCCGUCGUACGGGGGCGGUAGCAAGAACAGCUUCUCGAUAGGCUAUCCGUCCCUCAAGGGGCCGGCACCCGUCGGUCUGCAGCCCAUGACGAGCGCAGGGUCGCGGGAUGGCGGCCGUGGGGGGUACGACUACCGAUGGGACCACGUCGCGCCGCAGGCCCCGAUACCGCAGUCGGACAGGACAUGCGGCCUGACGAAGAAGUUCUUUUGGAUCGCCGUGGGCGUUGCCAUUGGGCUGUUGCUUGCGGUCGCCAUCGGCCUUGGCGUUGGGCUCUCUGGGAACAGCAGCAGUAGCCAUGGCUCUCAGGACUCGGACCGCGCGUCGUCGACACAGACUGUACCGACAUCAACUCAUCCCGAGGGCGGUUCGCCUGCCACGACCGUCCUCGUAGCAACAGCCACUUUCACAAGCACAGACGAGGCGAGCGAGGCGUGCCCUGCCGCCAACGACACCACCUUUGCCGUCCCCAACUCGCCCAAGACGUUCCGUCGCUUCUGCGGCGUCGACUACCGCUCGGCACAGGGCACCACCGACCUCGCCACCGUCUGGACGGCCUCCAUGCAGGACUGCAUGGUCAACUGCGCCGGCUUCGACGGGUGCACGGCCUGCGCAUGGGGCGUGCAAAAGGGCGACAACUACCGAGACAACCACCGAUGUUACCUCAAGACCGACUUGGGCGAGAGCCAAGAGGUGAGGGACGGCUGGGACUUUGCCAUUCUGGAAGAAUAGAUGAUACGGGACACGCGGACGGGUGACUGAUACCCCCUGAUGAAUAAUGACCAACACAAUAUACCUAAUUAAUUGGA